AUGACAUUUCUCACGACUCAAAUUGGCGGAUACACUCAGGGAAAUUGGGAUAUCUGCCAGAGUACCGGAGUUGGAUGUCCCUUGUCUCCAGCAAAUGAAAUUGACCCGAGCCAACCUUGCAGUCAAGGCAACCUCCCCCUCUACUAUGUUAACGCAAGCUCGGUCGAGGAUGUCCAGCAGACUCUGCGAUUUGCUGCAGAUCAGAAGGUGCCGAUAGUGGUGAAGAACAGUGGCCAUGAUUACAAAGGCCGCAGCGCCGGUGCCGGCUCCUUGGCUCUGUGGGUUAACAACUAUACACCGGCGCCGACGCUGGAGAAGAGCUUCAUCCCUGAAGGUUGUAGCCAGUCAGUUGGCGACGUUGUUACGUUCGGUACGGGCGAGGACUUUGAUGGAUUGUACAAAUUUGCACACCAGAACAACGUGACCAUCAUUGGCGGCUCAGCUCCUACAGUCCACCCAGGGGGUGGCUGGAUUUCUGGGGGUGGGCACAGCACCCUGUCGCCAGUGUACGGUCUUGGGGUGGACAACGUGCAACAACUGCGUGUUGUGUUACCUAAUGGGACGUACGUGACGGCUAAUCACUGCCAAAACCGAGAUAUUUUCUUUGCGUUGCGUGGCGGCGGCGGGGGCACGUUUGGCGUCAUCAUGGAGAUGUCAACAUUGGCCCGUCCUCAGCUGACGAUACAAUGGGCCAACAUCACAUUCUUCGGGCUGGAUAAAGAAUCACAACGACACGUGCUUACAGUAAUGGUGGAAAAUGCGAACUCAUGGUUUGAGUCUGGUUGGGGAGGUUACAUCAUUCCGGGCACGACAUUUCCGGUGUGGCUCAUGAAUCCACUCCUCAACGCAGCCGCAGCGAAUGCUUCUCUACAACCAUUGUUGGACCUAGCAACACAGCUUGGGGCGACCGUCCAAGUCACGACUUACCAGUCAUUUUACGAACUAUACGAAGACAAAAUCAAAAAUAGCGACGUGGCUCGAGGUGGAGUCGGUUUCGCGGAGGCAUCUCGAUUAAUCCCAAGCAAGCGAUUCGAAGGAAAGGACAAUCAAGCGGCGCUCACAGAGAUGCUCCUCGACCUCAGUUCACCCACCAGGCCGGUGACGUUCCGCCUCAUGUUGCUACUGACAACGCCAUCGCGCGCGACCCAGGACAGCGACAGCGCCAUCACGCCGGCCUGGCGCAGCUCAACCUGGCACGUUAUCAUAAGCACGAGUUGGGACUCUUCAAAGACAUCUGUGGACCAAGUCGACGCCAUAUUCCGGAAUGUGACUGCUGCGAUGGACCCACUCAGGUAUCUGACACCAGGCAGUGGAGCUUACAUGAACGAGGGCGACACAUUCGAGCCUGACCACAUCUCGGCUUUUUGGGGCGAGGAGAACUAUGAAAGGCUACAGUCUAUAAAGCAGCAGGUGGACCCGCACAACUUGAUGCAAGUUCACCAAGGCGUGAAUUACAAUGCGAGCAACCCGCUGUUCAGCUGCUACCCGGAAAUUCAGACGCCUGUGUCCCAGCCGGAAAAGGCCCUAGAACUAUGA